UGCGACUUUUUUUUCGCUGUCCAGGUGCAUUCGAAUCUUCAUGUGGUGCUCAGCAUGGACCCCACGCAUCCCGAGUACGAGAUGAGGUGUCAGAGCAACCCGGCCUUCUUCACCAAGUGCUCGAUCCAGUGGCUGGAAUCAUGGUCCGCAGAGGGAAUGGUGGAGGUCCCGAGGAAGAUGCUUCGGGACAUCUUCCUGGAGACGGCGGCGGAAAAGAUGCCAUCGCCUGGGGAAGAAGCACCAUCGCCUCGGGAAGAAGAAGACACCACACAGCUUGCAAAACCGCAAGCGCGGGUGCUUGGUGCCGUCAACAUCAGCGGCGGACCAAGGCUUGUUGAAGAAGGAGAGGGAGGACUUGUGGGGGAUAUGGUGAAGUUCAUUGGUGAGAAAAUGGUGGCGAUCCACCACAGCAUGUCAGCGCAUGGGAGAACGCAGACCACUCCACAGCAGUUUGUUGCUUUCGUGGAGGCGUAUAAGCAAAUUUUCGGUGCAAAGAAAGCUGAAAAACUUUUGCACAAGCAGCACCUACAGGCUGGACUGGAUAAACUGACCGGUGCGGCAAACAAGGUGGAUGAGCUAUCGAGGGAGGCGGCAGAGCAGCGCACGCUCCUUGCGGAGAAGCAGUCCCAGGCAGAACAAGCACUUAAGAAGAUUACAGCAAGCAUGCAAAGAGCAUCCAUGCGCCGCACAGAAGUGGAGCAAUUGAAGAAUCUGCUAAGGGAGGAGGAACUUCAGCUGCAGAGUCGAAAGCAGAGCAUCGAAGCAGAGUUGAAUGAGAUCUGGCCGUUGGUGGAGCAAGCAAGGAAGUCGGUCGGUCAAAUAAAAAAUGAUAAUCUCAAUGAAAUCCGGUCCUUGAAGAUGCCCCCAGAAGCGAUACGUGAUGUGCUGGAAGGGGUUCUUCGAUUGAUGGGCAACUACGAUACUUCAUGGAUGAGUAUGAAGAAAUUUCUGGGGUCUCGAACGGUGAAGGAGGAGAUAAUGACGUUUGAUGCUCGGAAGAUCAGCCCUGAGCUUCGUAAAGACGUACAGAAAUUGAUGGCAUCCAAAGCUGCUUCUUUUGAGCAUGCCAACAUUUACCAUGUCAGUGUUGCCGCAGCUCCACUAGCGGCUUGGGUGAGAGCAAAUGUCAGGUACUCCUUGGUCCUGGAGAAGAUCCGACCGUUGGAAGAAGGACUGAGAGAUCUAGAAGGUUCUUUGGCACGCUCAAGGGAAAAAUUGUUUGACUGUGAGAAUGAUUUGACCAGCCUGGAUGACGCAGUAACGAGCUUGAGAGAGGAGUUUUCCUCAAGGACCGGCGAAGCCGAGGCACUCAAGGCCAGCCUACGUGUCGCUAGCGACAAGCUCGAUGCCGCCUCCACCUUAGUGGAUAAACUCGGAAGCGAGAGGGUACGGUGGCAAUCUCAGGUUGUGGUGCUAGGUAGAGAGUUGGAUGAAUUACCAAUCAGUGCUUUGCUUGCAGCUGCCUUCGUGACGUACCUUCCAUCUGAGCCGGAAGAUUUCCGGCGUGCUAUGAUCAACAUUUGGCAAAUUGCUGUGCCUCAACCUUCUGGUUCUAACUCCGUGUUAGCGCUAUCCUCCCCCUCCGGACGAGUAGCAGCUUCUACAUUGACAAAACACACCACCUUGGGAUGCACUUCGCCUUUUCCAUCUGAAGCGCUGAUGGGUACGUCGGUCACCUCUUCUUGCUCUUCUUCCCCCUCCAUUGCAGCCUCUGCCUCUGGCGCGCAUUCCUCUUCGGGGUCGACAACCACAUCUCGAGGGGGAUUCGACUUCAAGCGGUUUAUGAGUUCAGAGAGUGAGAUGGUGGCGUGGCGAUCCGAGGGCCUCCCUUCUGAUGAUUUAACCAUGGAGAAUGCGAUUGUUCUGCUCGCCACCACCCGUGUACCUUUGAUAAUCGACCCGUCCAUGGCAGCUGCUCGAUGGUUGUUGCGCCACUUACGUCGCCAACGAGCAGGGAUGGGGGGUAUGGUUGUGGUUAAUUUGCAAGAUCCCCGUUUCAGCACAAACAUCGAACUAGCUGUGAAGUUCGGGAAAACUCUCGUGCUUUUGGAAGCAGACCGGAUCGAGCCUGUGUUAUACCCUCUCCUUCGGCGAGAUCUGGACCGAAGGGGACCCAGAUGGACGGUCCAAAUUGGGGAGAAGAUAGUCGACUACAAUGACAACUUCAGACUUUACCUUGUUACCAGAGAUCCCACCCCCGACAUCCCUCCCAGUGCUUCUGCUCUCGUCGUAAGAACCGACUUCACAAUCACCCGUUCAGGGCUGGAAGGACAGCUCCUUGGCCUCACCCUCCAGCACGAGCAACCCGAGCUCGAGAGCCAGAAAAGCGCACUUCUUAAGGUAUUUGUGAGGCUUGUCUUCUUGUCUGUGUGCUUUGUGUUUUCGCAUGCGCUUCUAAUAGACCGCUAUUUCACUGCGCAUCUGCCUCCACCUUUAUGUAUCUGUUUUCUUUGCAUUCAAAGUUCAAACUAUGUUCGCGCAUGCGCUUCUAAUAGACCACUAUUUCACUGCGCAUCUGCCUCCACCUUCUUGUCUCUGUUUUCUUUGCAUUCAAACUAUGUGUCAUUCUGGCAGACGGAGGAAGAUCUGCGUGUUCAGCUUGCCGGGUUGGAGAAGAAGCUGCUGGAAGAGCUGGCAACUUCUGAGGGAAAUAUUCUGGACAAUCGCUCCCUCAUCCUCUCUCUCAAUGAAGCGAAGGCAAAGAGCACUGCAAUUCAUGCAUCCCUGGAGAACUCAGUUCAGCUGCAGGCCUCUCUCGACAAACAACGGAAUGCUUAUCGGCCACUGGCAGAGAGAGGCAGCACCUUGUAUUUCCUCUUGCUGGACUUAGUGGUGCUCAAUCCAAUGUACAGGUUCAGCCUUUCCCUCUUCCUGCGACUGUUCAAGAGAUCUUUAGAAGCAGUCGAUGCUCCCUUUUCUCCAACAGGGGACACAGCCAGCCAUUCAACACUUGCGGCUUCUUUGAGCCAAUCAAUGGGUUCGAACUCGCAUCGGUCUGGUGAUGGGGACAAGGAGGAACGGCAAGCAGGAACUGCGACUAGUGCCGGUAGUGCUGCUGCUGUUUCUGUGACUGGGUCAACAACUACUGUGGGCAGCAGAAUCAGUCGGCUGAUGGUAACCCUGCUGCGAAUCGUGUUCAGCCACGUGUCUCAAUCCCUGUUCAAAUCUGAUCGACUCACCUUCGGCAUGCACCUGGCGAAUUCCCUGCAGUUGUGCGGUGAAAUCACGCAGCGGCAGAUUGAUCUUUUCCUUGGGCAGUAUGUGCUUACCACUGCUGAUGACAACACCCAAACCAGUAGCGGCAGCAACAGCGGCAUUCGCAGCCGACUGUCCAUCUCCUCGGCCAGCGCGCUUGCAAAUCUUCCUUCGUGGGUGAGGGAGGAUCGGGCAUUGGCAUAUGCAUCGUUACGGACAGCGCUUCCAGGUCUGGUCCAUGCCGUUGAUCUGAUCAGUUCGGCAGGGAGUACGAGAUCUGCAGCUUGGACAUCAUGGGCAUCGAACCCAGCUUGCGAGCAGUACUUCCCAGAGCACGUGCUCUUACACUCGACAACGUUCGAGAGACUACUUCUGAUCCAAUGCCUUCGGCCAGACCGACUCGAGACAGCGAUGCAUCAAUAUGUCUGCACCUCCCUGGGAGUACCUUCUGUGUCCCCAAUUCCCUUUGGUUUGUCCCGAAUCUACGCAGAUUCUGCUUGUGUUGGUCUUCUCUCUUCUCCAGGAGGGGGAGCAUCUCCCAUGGGAACAACCUCGCCGCAGCAGAACACGAUGAUGAUGAUGAUGAUGCCACCAAAACACAGUAACGCAGCCGUUACGAGUACAUUAACCCCAUCUGCCUCCUCCCCUGCAGCAGGAGCACCAACAACAGCAUCAACAUCGUCAUCGUCUUCCUUAUCCUCCUCCUCAUCAUCAUCAUCCAUGUCCUUGUCAUCAUCUCACUUUGCAGCGGCUUCACAUUCAUCUACAAGUCCUUCUAAGACAACUUCCCUUGUCCCGUCAAGAACCAUGACUGGUGAUAUUACCAAUCAACAACCCUCCACAACUUCUGCCCCCUCUUCUUCUUCGAAUCCAGACACAAGAAUGGCAGUCGAGCCCAUCCUCUUCAUCACGUCAACGGGUGCUGAUCCUUCUCAGGAGCUUGAAGAAUUUGCCUUAAGAACUCUUCACUCCAGCAGCUCGGGAUCACACUCCAGCUCUCCAGGGUCACCAUAUCGAUAUUGUCAGUUGGCGAUGGGCCAAGGUCAAGCUGAUGAUGCCCUAACUCUGUUGCGCGAAUGUGCUGCCAAUGGAGACUGGCUCUGCCUCAAGAACCUUCAUCUCAUGGUGGGAUGGCUGCCUGAGCUAAAGCGCGAGCUACAGGAAUUGCAGCGGCCUCACCCCAACUUCAGGCUAUGGCUGACGUCAGAGUCUCACCCUCGAUUUCCGCCUUCCUUGCUAGAAGCCUGCCUGAAAGUUGCUUACGAAGCACCACCUGGCGUCAAGAAGAACCUGCAACGGACUUACAGUGAGGCUUGGCCAGUCGAGUACAUAGAGUCCGGGAGCCCUCUCCGUGCUCAGCUGCUCUUCUUGCUUGCCUGGUUUCACGCCGUAGUCCAGGAAAGACGAUGCUUCAUUCCGCUGGGAUGGCGGAAGUUCCACGAGUUCUCUUUCCCCGACCUCCGAGCCGGGGCGGGAAUACUGGAUGCGUCCACGUCAGACGGCAAGAUCCCGACAUGGGCACACAUACAUGGUCUCCUGGAAGAUGCCAUUUAUGGAGGACGGGUAGAUAAUAAAGAGGACCGCCUCGUCCUCCACGCCUACAUUCAGCAGACGUUUUGCACAAAGAUAGUGGGCAAUAUGCACAAGGGAGAAGGGGUCCGAAGAAGGGCUGACAGCAACAGGAGCACCUCCUCUAGCAGGUCAUCAAUGGCCGCAGCUACAGGCACCAUCCCUCCACAUCCUCUUCCCGGUACACGGAACGUGUUUGUGCCUUUUGGAAAUGAUCAUUCCGAGUUCAUGCAGUUGAUCGACUCUCUUCCAGACUACGACUCCCCUCCCCUCUUCGGUCUCCCUCCCAACAUUCACCACACAGUCCAGAGGGCCAACAGUUCGAGGGUCAUCGCCAGCUUAAGAACGAUGCUCCUGUCCAAGGAGUCGACAUCUGCAAGAGGAAUCGAUCGCAGAACUCUUUCUCGCCAUCUCUCCCCCCUAGUUGCACUUUGGGAGAGACUGGCCCCAUCUUCCUUUGGAAGAUUCACGGCCGCUUCACAUGCUACAUGCUUAUCGUCUGAUACCCCCACUGAUCCUUACAUCACCAAGAGUGUCACUGGCUAUUCUACCAGUCAAUCCCUGACUGCCUCCAGACGUCAGAAUACCACUGGUUCUUCUUUUACCUCUUCUUCUUCUUCUUCUUCUUCUUCAACUGAUCCUCGAGCUCCAGAUCUUGCCCCUGCCUUUAUCGCAGCUGCGAGGGCUGCACCCAGCUUGUCAGGGGCCUCUCUUCCACCUAUUGCCUCCUUUGUUGCUAUGGAGAUGGCUCAAGGACAUCGGAUGGCCACUGCAAUCAAUGCUACUUUGGGGGGCAUUGCCAGAGUACUGCGUAGCUCGGGACAAGGGACCUCAAUUGAGCCCAUGCUGGCCUCAGUCCCUUCGCUCAAGUCGCAGAUCCAAACUUUGCUCAGCGGUCGAGUUCCAGAAGAAUGGGACAGUCUUUGGGAGGGAGGGCCUGUGGACUCUGAGCCUGCACUAUUUCUGCGAGCAGUCUCGGCACGCCUUUCGGCUCUCGAGUCCUGGGAAACAUUAGCUCGAUCAGGUCAGCUACUUUCCCAUCCAAUUGAUCUCAGCCACACAUUUCGGCCGCAGGCUUUCAUCAACGCUCUACGCCAUCAGACAGCUCAACAGCUGCAUGUUUCCAUGGAUGAACUCAAACUGGCUUCGACGUGGGACCCGUCAAAGCUCUCGUCUUUUUCACGGCGCUCUCAUCAGGGCCAAGAAGGCUACCACGACCCUACCAUAAGAGGCAGUGGAAGCCUUCCCCCACAUGUACGUGCCACUGGCAGUGGAGGUGGACCAUCUGCUGCACCUGGUCUAUCUGGAAGUUCAAACUCCCACAGUUUCAAUCCGGACUACAGGGAGGACCAGGCGUUUCUUGACCAGCCCGUGGUCUUCAUCACUGGCCUGUGGAUCCAGGGAGCCAGCUUUGACGGAACCACCCUUGAGGAAACUCGCUCAGAUGCGCCCAGUUCCGUCGCAGUACCAACUUGCUACCUCGCUUGGAUUCAUGAGAACGAGGCAUUCCCAUACCAGCAGAAUCUCUCCGUGCCGGUCUAUGAGACCGUUGACCGUGUCAGGAUUGUGACGGAAGUUCAGCUGCCUUGUCGCCAAGAGGAGCAGCAUCGAUGGAUUCUUGCCGGGGUCGCCCUCUUCUUGGGCGAGUGUGUUGUGUGACAGAUCUGUGGGAGCAUGUCACGUAACCAUCGGGAAAAGUGCAGUGUACCAAGACUGUUAACCACGUCAGGAUUGUGACAGGGGUUCAGCCUCCUUGUCACCAAGAGGAGCAGCAUCGGUGGACUCUUGCUGGGGUCACCCUCUUCUUGCUGGAGUGUGUUGUGUGACAGCUUUAUGGGAGCAUGCCAUGUAACCAGUGGGAUAAGUGUCAUGCCACCUAUGCACAAGUGUGUAUGUAAUAGCUGUGGGGACUCGGAAUACGGCGUGUAGCAAUUGAAGGCAUGUGGACUUGUUACAGGGAUUGUUAAGUCGCAUGAGCUUCCUCCUGUAUCAUUAUGUAAUGUUACUGAAGUGUUCCUUACCUUUCCUGCUUCCUUGCUAAUUUUCUAAACAUCGUUAUCAUCACAAGGCGCUUCCUCAAAAACAAAAAGGUGUGAGAUCU